UAAUUAGCUGCAUAUUUUUUUUAACUACCUGUCAUUGACAUGUUUUAGCGUCAGACGAAUUCUGGAGAGUCCGAUAAACGAAUCAUUAACGCCACGAUUCAAGUUUUCGGCCCGACAACUCCAAUCCUUUUCAAUGCAUCGCUGGACGCGAUCAUCGUAAGUCACGCGAAUUUUUCCCAGGACACUACGGUUCUUCUGAAUAAAAUACAAACAGAAGAGGAAUGGGAAGACACAAAACGAGGAAAAAGAGUGCGCUGGAGGUUCACGGUAUCCACCGUUUGAAUAUGUAUAGACAUAUGUAUAGACGGUGUCUCGUAGCAAAGGCCGUUGCUGUGGCAGCAUAAUUUCGGUUGAUUUUGGGUCAUCCAGUCGAUCGAUGACCCGUUUCAUCUAUUGUUGAAAUCGGGACGGUUGUCUGGUGGCAGAGGUCAAUCGCUGCGAGGGAAAAAUUUUCGAUCGGCCGAUUGAACACAACAGUAUGACAUUCAUCGGUCGGGCGGGCGUCACGGCGGGUGUCCAGAGGGGCUGGCGUACGUCGAGAGGGCCAUAAAAUUCUAGAAGGGGGUCAUCAUACGAGGCCUGGCUCCGUCGAACGCAACGAAGCCAGGACAGUGCACGAACGACACUCGACGCGAACUGAGCUAGCGAAAAGGCGCGCGAAACUUGCGAAACGGCGGCGCGAUUUCGAAUCGAACGAAACGUUCGUUUCCCUCGGCCAAUUAACGCUUGUGUACGGUGGCGAACCCACGCCACGCGCCUCUACGGAAUUUCAACGGAAAUCAGAUUUCCACGGAACAGUGCUAGAAACUGACGUUGUGCAACGGAACCUGUUCGCGAGGAGAGCACGAGGAUUAAUUUGCUACGCGUCUCCUCCGUGGAUAACAGAAAUCGAGAUAUAGCGGUCGAUUAAAAAAAUCACUUGAUGCGCUGAGGAUGCGCCGUGAUUUUUGCAACGGUGGGCUUGCCUGCGCCGUUGUGUGGGUGUCGUCGAUCUGGCUGCUACUGUCCCUGUCGUCAUCGGUCGCAGCAGAGCCGUCGUUGAAGUCGCUAGGUCGAUGCCCAUCCUUCGAGGAGCAGAACGUAUGCCCGUCAAGAUCCCCGGCCUGCAAGAAUGACUUCCAGUGCCGGACGUCGGGAGAGCGUUGCUGCAAGACGGCCUGCGGUCUGAGAUGCGUGCCAGGAGAGCUGACGGGUUGCGAGCAAUUAGCUCAGGCAGCCGUGAGAAGGUCGCGUGCGCUCGGUCCACGCGGACCAACGCAGUUUAUACCGACGUGCAACAACGAAACCGGCGAGUUCGAGAGGAUACAGUGCCAUCCGCACGAGAACAACUGCUGGUGCGUCGACGAGAUCGGCGUCGAGGUUCCCGGUACCAGGGGACCUACCAAGGACGUCAUCGACUGCGAUCGUCCUCGAGACUGUCCAGCGCACAGCUGUCGAAUGCUGUGUCCUUUGGGAUUCGAGAUCGAGCCGAGAACCGGCUGCCCAAAAUGCGAGUGUCGGGAUCCUUGCCGCGGUAUCGCCUGUCCGGGGACCAGCCAAACGUGCGAGCUGAUCGAUGUAACAUGCGCACGUCCGCCGUGUCCGCCGAUUCCCAGCUGUCGUAAAGCGAAAUCGCUGUCGUCGAUCUGCCCCGCCGGCGAACCGUUGCAAAUCACGGACUCGCCGAGGCCAUUUCUCUGCGGCGACUCGCCCGGGAAACCGACGUGCCCCCCGAUGUACAGCUGCCUGGUGGAGCCGAAGCAGGAGUACGGAAUAUGUUGUCCGUCGAGUAUAAAUCUGAAGAGGCCGGGAACCUGUCCGCUGGAGGAGCCAGCGGUUUGCGGGAACUCUUGCCAGCACGAUUUAGAGUGUCCCGGGCCGCAGAAAUGCUGCAACAGCGAGCGAUGCGGCGGCGGUGUCUGCUCCGUUCCUCAGGGUCUCAGCGCCUGUCAUCGAGACAGGGUCCUGGCGGAGAUGAUGAGCAUCUCCGAGAGGCAGGGACGCGGAUACGUUCCCCAGUGCACAGACGACGGCGGUUACGAGGGGAGACAGUGCUCGCGGAACGGUUUGGUCUGCUGGUGCGUGGAUAAUAACGGCAGGAAGAUAUCCGGUUCGAUGGGGCCGGCGGAUAAGGUCGACUGCGCGUCGACAACGAAGGGAAGGUCCCUCCCGGCAUCGUGCGCCUCCCAACAGUGCGCCCAAGUUUGCCAAUAUGGAUUCAAAACGGACGCCUCCGGGUGUCCCACUUGCGAGUGCGAUAAUCCGUGCGAAGGUUUUCCAUGCCCGGCGAGAGAGGAAUGCGUGUUGAGUCAAGAAGACGGAUGCCCGGACUUUUUGUGUCCGACCAAACCGGAAUGCAGACCUAGGAAAGCUUACUCGAGUCCUUGCGCCUAUGGGACACCGUUGAUGGACGACGAACGUAACGCGAUGACUUGUUCCGCGAACGACACUUGCCCGCAAGGCUACAAAUGCACCGCUGUACCGGAAGCUGGCCAAUCGAUGUGCUGUACGAUAUCUGCCAAUUCCACGAAGGCGCCAACAAUGUGCGAGUACCUGCGGGAGUUCAACGACCGCAUGGUAGGCACGCGAGAGGACAUGUCCCUGGCGAUACCGGCGCCCGAAUGCGAGAAAGACGGCAGCUACAAGCCGCUGCAGUGUCACCAAGGUAUCUGUUCGUGCGUCAACGAUCGCGGAGUCGCGAUAAAAGUCGGCGUCGAUCGUACCACCGACUGCAAGGAAAUGAAAAACCUUCCGAAACUCUGUCAGCCGUUGAUGUGCGACCUGGCCUGUCCCUACGGCUACGAAGUGGACGCGGCAGGUUGCGAGCAAUGCCGUUGCCACGAUCCCUGCAAGAUCGUUUCCUGCGGUCCUCAGGAGACUUGCACGAUGGUCGACGUGAACUGUGGUACCGGACAGUUCUGUCCCGCGGUUCCAGCCUGUCUGGCCAUGAAACCAGGUCAGUGUCCUUAUCUCGUACCGAGCUCCUCGAGCUGCGAGUUGCAGUGCAGCAACGACCAAGAAUGUUCAGCGAUGGAGAAGUGUUGCUCGACCGGCUGCGGAACGCAGUGUAUAACACCCGUGAUGGCAACGGCCUGUCAACACGCGCGAGCAGUAGCGGAACACGCGGCCAGAGAGUCGGGGGAGCCAGCCAGAAGAACGUACAUUCCUAGAUGCGAUGGCAGCGGGGCGUUCGAGCCUGUUCAGUGUCACAACGGAAUGUGCUGGUGCGUGGACGAGGGAGGUAGGGAAGCUGCGGGGACCAGAGUCCUCGAGGGAGUGAUACCUAAAUGUAGCACACCGCUCAGAUGUCCAGAGAUCGAUUGCAAACUCGACUGUCCCGAAGGAUUCGAUCUGGACCCGGACACCGGAUGUCCCACGUGUUCUUGUCGGGAUCCUUGCAAGAACGUGACUUGUCGCGGAGAGAACGAAGCGUGUAGAAUGGUGGAGGUCGCCUGUAGCGUGCCGCCCUGUCCACCUGUGCCGGUAUGUUUACCGAAGAAAGACAAUCCGUGCCCAAAUGGAUCUCCGUUGUUGGACCAGGACGGAUCGCCGGCUACUUGCGGCCCUCACGGCCAUCAUUGUCCAUCCACGCACAAAUGCGAACUCUCGCCUUUGGACGAGUACGCUGUCUGCUGUCCGAAACCGCGAGAAGUCUGUUUCGAGCCUCCCAGAGUAGUUACCUGCAACUCUGGUAUAGGCCUGAACGAGACCGACAGGUGGUACUUCGAUCCUGAGCGCAACGAGUGCAGAAAGAAAACCGAGUGUACUCUCGGGCACAACGACUUUUCCAGUCGUCUGGUCUGCGACACGGUCUGUCCCGUGUUGUCGCAGUGCGAGAGGCUUCGCGAAAAGAAUUUGAAAACGUCGCAGAGGCUCAAACAACCGACGUUCCUGCCCAGAUGCGACCCAGAGACGGGAUUGUGGGAGCCCGUGCAGUGCCUGGAGCACGUCGGUGUCUGCUGGUGCGUCAACAGAAAGGGUCAACCCGUGAAGGGCUCGCUGACUAGAGGACCCGAAGCCAAGUGUAACUUCAGACAAGCUAGAAGAAGCGGUAGGGGACCGGCGGUGCAAGAAAUCGACCGUGAGAUUCAAGCGUUGAUGGAGAACGCUUUUAUCGACUUGGAAACCGACGAGAAACAAAUCGGGAAGGUGUUGGGCACUAGGUGCCAGGCGAUGAAGGACAAAGGCCACGUCCCCGCUAUCUGCGAUCGUCAAGGUAGGUUCGAACCGAUCCAGUGCGCCGGGGAUACGUGCUGGUGCGUCGACGAAGCUGGCAAUCAACUUAUCGGAUCGGAGCCUUUCUUGAAGGGAACGAAUAUAUGCUUGCCAACGCCAGUCGAAGCUGUCGAAGUCACUCUUCGUUUUCCCGGUCGAUUCCUCGCCAGCGAUGAAACCACGUUCGCGAGACACGCCGAGGAUCUUCUACACGAUCUGGGCGCCAGGGUGAAGAACGCGAUACGAGUAGAAAUCGGUCAAGACUCGGCCAUACUCAGCUUCGAGAUAAUAGGCCCGAACAAAGUCGACGUGGCGUUCCACUUGGAGGAGCUGACUAGAAUUCAAAAGUUGUCGAUGCUAGGAUCGUUCGCGGAUGCGACCACGUCGCGUUUCACCCAUAGGUCAACCCCCAUGGCCAUGCAGAGUCGAAUAGUCGCACUGGAGCAACGGGAGAUCCUCACGGAAGUGGAGACACCCAUUUAUCAGACGGCUACUCUGGUUCUAGCGGCGGGAAGCGCGUUCAUAAUUAGCAGUUUGUUGAUUCUGCUGAUGCUGUACCGCAAAAAAAUGAAAAUGAAGGAUCCGUCGAAAGCGUUAGCGGCGGACCAGCAUUUUCUGGCAUACCAACAACCGGUGUAUGUGAUAUCGGGUGGGGAGCAGGAGGAGAAGAAGAAGGAGAUCGCUGAAACACAAGACGCAGCGUCCACGUCGGACGUUGUCGUCAGCACAUGAGAACGAUACGAAACGCGAACGAUGCCGUUCGAAUCGUUCUUAUUUCGUAAAAGAGACGGGCAAAAUAACCGACCGAAUGAAAAUUAGAGUACGAACUAUAGAUGUUAUGUAUCGCAUUGAACCAAGAUAAAAUUGUCCAUGUAGCUAUUCGAUCGAAUAAACGUCGCGAAUAAAUUGCCACGCGUUCCUUUUAUUCGUCGUCUGUUAUUCGAAUGAAACUUUGCCCGUCUCUAUCUCGUACGCGGGUAGUCAUAAUCGAAGUCACGUCUACAUAAUCAACUUCUUUCAUUACGGUAAAAUAUUUAUUCUUUGAACACGAGACGCAUCGCGAUUGCUCGAAUCGGCGACGAUCGAUCGAAUCGAUUCGCAAGCGGUACAUUCCUAUCGCCGUGCAUCGUAACGGAGACAGAAGGAUCCCGAUCGUUCCGAGUAUCCAUCGGAUCCGCGAUGCAGGGUGUAUACAUACUUGUGAUAAUUUCGGGGUUCGGGGGUAACGAAAAAAUGAUUCGGUCGAUCGUCGAGGAAAUAGUUCUCAUUAGAACGAUCGGAUUUUCUCGCGGGUAUCUCUGUUUCCGUCUGAACGACGGAGCCACCAGCGCAAACGUGUCCUGGCCCGACGAAGCAGCGCUAGGAUAUCGUUGCGUUGAUCGUAUCAUCGUGGGUGUAAAUACUAGAUUCGUACUGUGUUCGUUUAUUUAUAUAGCUCAAUAAAAACCAGGAAUUCCUUCA